GAGUAGCAACACACACACACACACCACACACACAGUGUCAUACAGCACCACUGCUCCUGCUGUCUUCCUCACCCUGGUAAGAGCAGAACCUUUGAGCUCUGAGGACGAGGAGAACAUGACUGCUGAGACGCUUAACUUCGGUCCAGAAUGGCUCCGUGCACUAUCCAGAGGCGGGAGUGUCACGUCCCCUCCUCCUUCUCCAGCAAUGCCAAAGUCCAAGCUGGCCGAGUACCGCUACGGCCGCGAGGAGAUGUUAGCACUUUACAUCAAAGAUAACAAGGUCCCUGAGGACAUGCAGGAUAAGGAGUUUGCUGCCAUCCUGCAGGACGAGCCGCAGCAGCCUCUGGCUCUGGUGCCUCUGACCGAGGAGGAGCAGAGGAACUUCUCCAUGUCUGUGAACAGCGUGGCCGUGCUGAGGCUCAUGGGCAAAGGAGGCGGGGCUGCCCCAGUGGGUGUGUCCCGAAGCCGAGGGAGCGCUAGAGGAGGGAGAGGGAGGGGAAGAGGAGAAGGAGGGUUCUACCAAAGAGGAGUGGAUGAGGAGGUGGGAUUCGGACGCAGCCGAGAGGUGCACCGCAGCCAGAGCUGGGAUGACAGAGGUGAGCGUCGUUUUGAGAAGCAGCUGAGGAGAGAGGGAGGACGCAGCGGGUUCGAGGACGGUGGGACGGGACGGAAGGAUUACAAUCGCUCUGACAGCGAUAACUGGCGCACACUCCGGGAGGAGCAGGACGAAGAGGAAGGAGGUGGAGACGCAGGCGGGAGCUGGAGGGUGGCUGGGACACGCCGUGAUGAAGGAGGCCCGCGCUCAGCUGGAUGGAGAGACCAUGGAAACGGAGACGGGCGGCGCAGAAAGUUCGACUUUGAUUUUCGGGAAGGCGACGUGGUCCGGCGGAGAGCAGGGAGCGAGGGAGGAGAAGAUGAUAGAGACGGGCUGCCUGAGUGGUGCACUGAUGAAGAGGAGGGAGAGAUGGGCACCUUCGAUUCGUCCGGAGCAUUCAUGUGUGUCAAGAGGACGUCAAGAGACGCGAUCCCUGAAGACCAGGAGCUGGAGUUUGAGGCUCUAGAGGAGGAAGACGAGGCCGAGCAGGAGAAGAAGGACAGCUGUGCUGAGAAAGCAGAGGACACUGAAACAUCUGGGGUGUCUGAUGGUGGAGAGAUGAAAACUACUACUACUACUUCUACUACUACAACAUCUCCUCCUCCUCCUCCUGCCUCUGUUUCUGUCUCUGCUCUGGGCUUAGAACAGGAAACACACCCACCUUCUGUUGCUCCACCCACAAAGUUCAGUCUCCAGAUUAAUGAAGCUCCAGUAGGGGGCAGCACUCAGCUGCCUCACAGCUCUCCUCCUGCCGGCACUUCCUCUCCUCCUGUCACCGCCGCUGAUCUCCUUCCACCAGGGGGCGAUAACGAGGAGGAGGACGGCAUGACGCACAUGCAGCAGGAGGCAGAGAAGAUGGUGGCGUCUCUUCAGGACACGUCUCUGGAGGAGGAACGUUUCACACAGGCGCUCCAGGAGAGCCAUGGAGCAGCUAUCACUCGCACACACUCUCACCCCAAUGCGCACACACACUCCCACUCCAACACACACACCCUGCCUCACACCGCCGGCGCCCUGCCGCUCACUCACGAGUCAGCCAUGAAGUGGUUCUACAAAGAUCCUCAAGGAGAGAUACAAGGCCCAUUCAGUCCAGUGGAGAUGUGUGAGUGGUUCCAGGCUGGUUAUUUCACCAUGACCCUGCUGGUGAAGAGAGGUUGUGAUGAGGGCUUCCAGCCACUGGGGGACGUCAUCAAGAUGUGGGGACGCGUGCCUUUCUCUCCAGGACCCUCACCUCCUCCCCUGCUGGGUAACAUGGACCAGGAGAUGUUGAAGAAGCAGUUGGAGCAGGCAGCCACUGCAGCGCUCUACCAGCAGCUCCAAAUGAGGUUCCAACACAUGAACAGGUGUGGUGAGUCGGGAAUGAUGCCUGCUAUGAACCGGUCAGUGCCAGAAACCUGGGACAUUCAUACCUCAUCCUCACAGACACAAGGUGCUGAGGUCGGUCUGUGGGAUAUGACCAUAACUAACUCACCUCAGGGUCCAACUCUCGAGCAGCUGCAGAAACUCCAGCAGGAGAGGCGUGAAGCUGAACUCAGGGUGAAGAGGGAGGAUGAGGAGCGAAAACGUCGGGAGGAGAAGAGGAGGCAACAGGAAGAGCAGAAGAGGAGAGAGGAGGAGGAGUUGUACAGGCGCAAACGUGAGCAGCAAUGUCGUCAGCAGGAGCUCCUCUUGAAGCUGCUCCAGCAGAGUCAGCAGCAGCGGGAGGCGCAGGGAGGUGCAGGUUGGAGCUCGGCUCAGGCAGGGUCCCUGUCUCUGGGUAAAGCUCAGGGAAAGAACCUCGGUCUGCUGGAGCAGCAACAGCAGAGAGUGCAGCAGCAGAGGAUGGCGAUGGGGCAGUGGAGUGACAGCUCGGUGGGAAUGUGGACAGGAAUGGAGGGGAAGAUCAGCAGUGGGAGCAGUAUGGGCAUCUGGGAAGAGGCAGUUAAAAACCAGGCCAACCAUCGUAACAUGGGCAUGAAGAACAGCAUGAGCAGCCCCUCCUUCAGUGAUCAGUACAUGCUGAACCGUCGGAAGCGGACGGAGGAAGAGGAGCGGCUGCUGAAGCUCUUACAGGGCAUGAAGCCUCAGCAGGACGGAUUCACCACGUGGUGUGAACAAAUGCUGCACGCUCUCAACACCUCAGCCAACAACUCGUCCUCCUCUGGGGAUGUGGCCGCCAUCGUGGCGUAUCUCAAGGAAGUCGAGUCGCCGUACGAGGUGCAUGACUUCAUCCGCUCGUACCUGGGCGACACGGUCGAAGCCAAAGAGUUCGCCAAGCAGUUCCUGGAGCGCCGUGCCAAGCAGAAAGCCAACCAGCAGAGACAGCAGCAGCAGCUGUGUAAGGAGAUCGCAGGACUGAAUAUGAACUUCCCCUUACAGUCUGUAUUCCAGACGAGCCACGUGGGUAAAAGUGGCAGCAUGUACGACAGCCAGGGCGGGAAAAUGAAGAAGAAACCCAGCAUGAUGCUCCACUCUGAUCCCAGCAUCCUCGGUUACUCGUUUUUGGGCUCGAGCGACCGGAUGAUGCUCGGAGAGAUGGAGGCAGUGGAGGAUUACUGAUCCAGCAGAACCUUACUUGAGACUACCUGAGGCCUUAACCUGGAGCAAACUAGCAGACGAAUGUGCACUGCUCUCUCACUCACUCCCUCUUUCACCCACUCUCUCGCCCAGACGAGGACGGGGGGUGGAUCAGAGGAACGGGGUGCAGACGGAGAGAGCUCUCGCACCUGUUUGUCUAAGCACCUUAACUAAGCUAUUGCACUUUAUUACCAGAGUUUCAAUAUUUGAAAUUGAGUUUUUGUCUUAUUUUUUUUUUACAGUGCAAAAGUGUGAAUAUAUUGUUACAUACAUUGUGUAGAACCGUUUGUAUACAAAGCGUGUGUGCGCGCGCAUUAAUGAAUUAGCCAGAUCAGCGUGAGAGAAUGUGCUCUCAGAAGACAAACACUGUCGUGUUAUUUGUUUUGUUUUCAUAUGAAAGCUAUACAUUUGAAAAACUUGAACAUUUGCACUUGUUUAACAAAAAUUUAAGAAAAAAAAAGUUUAAAAAAGUUAGAUAUUUUUCAGAUUGUGUAUGUGAGCGAUUUGAAGAAAAGUCUGCACAAAGAACUUUAUUACUGAGAUGUAUAAAGGAAAUGCCAUGUUUUUAUUUUGUUCAAGAGAAAUUUUUGUAUUUCAAGUGUGUGUGUGUGUGAGAGAGAGGGGUGUGUGUGUGUGUGAGCUCGCCUGCUUUUCACUUGUACAUAGAUCGUUAGAGACAGAAAAGAUGGGACAGUGUGGUGCUGUAUUAACUUUCCUCUUUUUUUUUUUUUUUUUUUGAGGAAGUUUGAGUGUUGGGCCUCGUCCCAAUCCCACAUUUAACACCCUUGUUGACUUUGUCGUAGUCACCAUCUUUAGUGCGACACCAGCUCAAGUGAGGAAUCGGUGUAGAUUUUGUAGGAAAAAGGCGUGCGUGUGUGUGUGACAUUUUAAAACUCUACCACGGUGGGCGAGCUGCUGUUGCCCUGUCGAGUGAUUGAGUGUGUGAGUGAGUCAAUGAAUAAUGUUGAAGCGUUAAUAGUGUAGCUCUUUUUGUUCUCUUUAAAACACCACAAAACUGUGUAAUGUUUAUUUCUCCCGAUUUCGGAGGACCACAUGUGAACUAAUUGCCUUUUGAGUGUGUGUGUGCGCGCAAGAGACAACUUUACUUUUCAUUGCUGUUUAAGGGAAAAGAAAAGAAUGACUGAUUUAUUUUUUUAUCGUUGCAUACAAAGUAUUUGAAACUUCUGUGAUCUGAUUUGGAGCAUUUUCAAGGCUGCUACCUUACUGUCAUAUAGAUUUUUUUUAUUAUUAUUAUUAUUAUUAUUGAUUUUGUUUUGGGUUUGUUUGCAACCUUGGGAAGUUUAUUAUUACAAAUGAAUGUAUUCCUAAAAUGUGGAACGGGGCGUCACACCAAGCCCAGAGUCUUCUCAAUUAAGUCUGAUGGGCUUUCAACAAAGACAUUUUCAGAAGGAAAUGUCCUGCUGUUCUUCCAGAACUUUCUCCAGCAGUGAACCUCGGGCCAAUCAGAGCCAAGGACAUGCACCGUGUAGCAGUAGUAGACACCCCACCCCGCCCCACUCUUCAGUCAAGACAGAGACUUUUUAAGCCUGGAGCUGAGGGUUAUUAUUAUUAUUAUUAUUAUUAAUAAUCGGUACUUGAGCUAGAGGAAAGGAAACAUUUCACUUUUUCUUGGUUUGGAAUAUAUUUUUGCAAAAGAAGAAAAAUAAGAUGUGUAAGAAGCAGCAAUAAGGACAAGAACAUGUGUGAGGAUAUGCAUUCUCCAGGAGAAGUGGACUUGAACCUCAUACUGCGUCCUGGAGGAAUAAAAUGGAUCUUCAGUCUUAUGAAACGGACUCGAGCCUCCUAUGUCGUCCCAGACAAGUGGGCUCGAGUCUUGUGCAGUUCUCAGCAUUCUGGUGGACUCGUAUUGCGUCUGCCAUCUUGGCCAAGUAGACUCAAGGCUCACACAAAGUUCAAAGAUUUCAAGCUGCAGACUUGCAAUGUCCUACAGCGUCCACAGUGUUAGACAAGUGGAUUCUUGGACUCAAGUCUCCUGCAUUGUUCUGGAGGGAAAAAAGGUGACUGGAGAAUGUCACUCGAGUCGUCUUUGUCACAUGAAGGAAAAUCCAGCACCGUUACUGAAAUGGCUGGUUUUAACUGAAUGUUCCACCGAAAACUUGACAGCAGCUUGGCUUCCGGAGAACAUUACGGUGUGUUUUCACCCUUAGAUUUGGAUGGACAACUUGUAAAGAAGAACAGGGUGGAAGUUCCUUUACCUACAUCGUGGACUAGAACUGCAGAGAGAGCGAGAGACAGACACUGCUGCUGGUCCUCGUGGAAGAGGAAUGAAUGAAACCUCCCAGUUCCAGCGUGAGGACAGAUUCCCUGUGAUCAGAGCCGGGUUUCUCCUGCGAGGACGACCUCAGGAUCUGUCCGAGGUUUCUGACACACUGAACUGCGUCCUUUUCUUUCUUUCUGUAUUUUUCAGGCAUGUGCCGAAAUUCGUCGAUUAUAAUCCCAGUACUCCGCAUACACAAGACGUUAGCGCUAUUCCCUUUAGCAAAGCGGAGAUCCUCGUAAACAAAUGUGACUGCACACGAGCACCACUGCUGUACGAAGAGGAAGCCGAGGUUGCUUUUCAGUGACCGAUCAGAACAGCUACGUAUUGUUUUGAAUUUAGUCACAAAAUUUAUAUCAGAGAUCAUACAUAGAAAAAUGUCAUCAUGGCACAUGCCAACUACUUUUCCUUCUUCCUCAAUUAUACAUUUUACUUUAAAUUUCCUCCUCUUGGUCAUGUGAUCUAUAAGGGUGGAGCUGAAGUUAAACUCGAUCAUGAUCUCACCACUGUAUUUUAGCUUCCUAACAAAACUGGUGCCUAUUCUUAAUGACAAUGUUAUUAACCCAAUGUUAGCUUGCUUGCUUGAAUACAUGGCGAUUUUUAAUUUCACACAGUACUAACUGCCUGUGAGGUAACAUUAAUGCUAGCAAACAUUAGCUACAUGAACGUAGCACUCUAUAGUCAAGCUGGCAAAUGAUGUUAACAUAUCUUACGAGCUGAUCGGAUUUCACCUUACGCUCCACACUUCUUGUGUAUAUAAAUGUAAAUUUUUAUUUUCUGAAAAAAAUUUCCCCCUUGUUUUUGUUGCCAUGCCUUAAACUGUACAGUGGACAAUUUUAUCGCGACUUGCUAUCUCACGCGAGUGUGCAUCAGCAGUCUGGACGCAGACACGCCCUCAGCUGUGGAGCGUUUCCACUCGGCUCUGUAUAUACCGGUUUCCUUGCUACGACAGUUUUAAGGUAUUAUCAAAGUUUGCAGGUCCUUUUCGCUGAAAAGGACAUGUUCGCCCGACCCAUGCUCCAUCCCUCUGUCCGCCAGCCGCAUGGACACAGAGGGUGGGGCUAGUGGAGUUUUUGCUUUGAGAAGAACAAACUAUGUUAAACAGAAAAUAAAGAUUUUAAAGGUUGAA